AGAACAUUCUUGUUAUCUGUUAUACGUAGUGGUGCGCUUACUGCCAAUAACGUCAAGAUUAAGCAGAGUUCAUGCCUGGCUUCAUUUAUAUACAUCUUGCAGUAGGUGAUCUCGUUGGUCCAACUCUUUUCAAAUUUUUUUCUCAGUGGUGCUAGUAUGCAUUAUCUUGUCACGUACUAUUUAUUGCUUUAUUCAAAUACAUCUCUCUCUCUCUCUCUCUCUCUCUUCCUCUCUCUCUCUCUCUCACACACACACACACACACAAAAGGCAGGUCUUUGCAAUCAUGGUAACAGUAGCCAGGCUGCCAGUAUGUAGACAGACUAUGGAAUGUAAAUAAUGCAAAACAAUUCCCCAGUAGCUAAACUGUGUUAAGAUAUUUUUGAAGUUUAUUCCAGCGAUCAAGACUUCCAGACUAUGGAGCAUAUGUAAUUAUUGGCCUUUCAAAAGGCCAACAGUUUUUCCGACGGCAUAGAAGUCGAAGAAAACAAUUAUGAUAUGAUUUAUUUGACCAUACUAUUUGCCUGGUUGCUGUGGAGAUAAUAGAAGAGCUAUUGGCAAAAACAACAGUAUAGUAGUAGACGCUCCAACUUGUAAUAUAAAAAGAUUUAUGUUUUUAUUGGAAGAUAUUUAAACAUACAUUCUAGAUUUUACUUUACCUUCGUCUGAGCAGUGAUCGGCAUACAAAAAUAUGUAUUGGGGAGCUACCACCAUGCAUUCUACAGCUAUCUUCACUAAUCCUUAUGCAAUAGAAGUUCUUCAGACAAAAAAGAAGGAAUUGGUCGAAGGCAUUUUGAACACCGAGGAUCUGCUGAACCUUCUCAUUGACAAGGGAAUCUUUCCUCCAGAAAAGAAAAUGCUUCUGUUCCACAACAGAACACGGGUGGAAAAGAACUCCAGAGUUCUGGAUAUCCUGGUUUCCCAAGGUGAGCGAGCUUGCCGGCUUUUCUUCUAUCCUUGUUUGAAACUUGUUGAGCCUGACUUGUACCAGAGCAUCAAAACAUUUGUGGGUGGCCUAAAUGAGAGUGUGCAUGAUACUCGGAGGCAGCUGAUUGGAUACCUACUGGAGAGAGACAAGAGAAGCCCACUUAAAAACAGAUGGGACAUGGUCCCUAAGAAGAAUUCAGAUAUAGUAAUUCCACAGAAAAAUGAAACGUUUCCACUCAGGACGAAAGAACUGAAAACAUCAUUGGAAGGAAACGUAAGGGCAUCUAAGGUAGUAAAGCAAAAAUCUGGUGAUAUCUACGAUGCAGCUGCAAUGGGGAACCUUUCGUUAUUGGAGAGCCUUUUGAAAGGCAAUGAUGUGAACAAUGUCAGUUCAUCCCAGGAGACUCUCUUGCACAUUGCUGCCCAGCAUGGUCAACUUUCCAUCGUAGAGUUUCUUAUCAGUAAAGGGGCCAGACUGGACAUGAAGGAUGGCCAGGGCUACACAGCCCUGCACAGGGCUGCAGAAAAAGGCCACACGUCUACAGCCCAAGCACUGAUGCGAGCUGGGGCUGACAUCUAUGCUAUGGACAAGAAAUCCAAAAUGCCUCUCCACUUGGCAGCAAGGAACAGGCAUCUCAGCACUGUCAAGGCCAUGGUGGAGGAGGAAAUCAGGCUGUUCAAAAAUCAGAAAACCUUCUUGCAUAUGGCUGCUGUGGAGGACAACGUGAACCUUGCUCUGAUUCUCCUAGAGAGUGGCGCCUCUGUGGAUGCUAGGGAUAACCAGAAGAAGACUGCACUGUUUUAUGCCAUUAGCCACAGCUCUGAGAGAACAGCGAGGGUUCUUCUUGAGGCAGGUGCCCAAGUAGACUCUGUCAUCAUUGAUGCAGCAUUUAAUCUAAACUCCCAGUCUAUAUACAGCCUUCUUCUGGACUACGUAAAGGGUCUGACCCCAGACAAUGUAAAGGCUAUGCUUUUCAAAGCUGUGCAGAAAAACAUGGAGGGGAUUGUAGCAGCUCUGAUAGAAAAUGGUGCAGACGCAAACGCGCACAAUGAACUGCACUACACGCCUCUGCUUCUGGCUGCAGAGCUGGGCAAUGUGGAAACUGUCAGGGUGCUGGUUGCCAAAAACGCCAGUUUAGUAGCAAAACUGCCAAAUUGCAACUCCGCUCUUCACCUGGCUAUCCAAAGUGGUAGCCUGGAAAUGACAAAACUGCUGCUGGACAAGGGUCUGGAUGCCAAUAUGGCUGGGCUCAAUGAACAGACACCCUUGCACUUGGCAGCCUUGCACAACAAGCCAGUUCUAGUGGGCACACUGCUGCAUGCAGGGGCUCAGGUGAAUGCUGUCACUAAAGAGGGGCUGACUCCCCUUCACGUUGCCAGUCAGCACAGCCACGAGGAGACAGUACUCCAGCUACUAAAGGGCAAAGCCAGUGUCCACGCGAAAGACAAGCAUGCCAGGACGGCCCUGCACUAUGCCGCCGCUCAAGGAGGCGCUCCCGUGGUGCAGCUCCUGCUUUCUUCCGGGGCUGAUCCCAACGCCGCCGACAAGGAGAAGAGGACCCCAUUGCACAUGGCAGCCACGGAGGGCAGGUCGGAAGCGGUCUCUGCCCUGCUGACGCAAAAGGCGCAGGGCAGAGUCAAGGACAUGGACGGCUGCACGCCUCUGCACUACGCGGCCGCCAACGGGCACGCGAAGGCAGCGGCGGACCUCCUGUCCUCGGCGAAAAACAAAAACGUGGACGACAAGAACGUGUGGCGGAGGACCCCCCUGCACAUGGCGUCGGAGCAGGGUCACGACGACCUGAUCGAGCUCCUCCUGCACAGCGGCGCCAAGAUCAACGCCGUGGAUAACAACAAGGACACCCCGCUGCACUGUGCCAGUCGUGGUGGGCACAUUGGGUGCGUCCAGAGGCUGGUGAGUCGGGCUCAGGGUGAGAAAGCCAACCUGCAGGCCACAAACAAUGUGAAGAAAACACCGCUGCAAGUGGCCGAGUCCAAGGACAGCCAGAACCAUCAGCAAAUUGUCACCCUGCUUAAGAAGAAGAUGUUUCUCAUCAAAUAGUGCAGUACCGUCCAGCACAUUGAUGAGAAGAGUGUUUACAUGUGGUAAUCAUCCAAUUUAAGACUAGAAUAUUUACUUGAAGUAAAUCGAUUUGUAUGAUUUUUUGAAACAACAACAGUGUUCAGCAUAAAAUUGUCCUGACUCAAUGGGUUGAAUACUGCACAAGUGUAUUGAGCAACUGUGUCUGUAUGUAGCAGCUACUCACUGUUAAAGUACUGUAAUCAAACAAGACACUUGUUCUACUAUAAUAACCUGUUUUAGUGAGGACAAAAAAGUUUAUUUAGCCAACGUACAUUUUUUUAUGUUAGCACAGAUUGUUACUCAGUUCAGUCUUUUAUGUCUGAAAAAUAAAUUGGUGUGAGGACUUUGACACCACAGUGGUGGCUAUAAAUUAUCUUUGUUUUUUAAAGUUAUCUGCCUCAGAGGUAGAUCAAAGGUUCUUCCAGUUAUGGAGCACCAGUUACUGAAUUUAAAUGAACAAUUUAUUACAGUUUAGGACUAAAUUGCCGAUACUUUCAAUUUGAGUUUUUUUAAUCAGUAGAAUACAAGUUGUUACGGCUAUUUAUAAAUAAAAUGAUGUCUCUAGAUUGCAUGCUGAUGCUGAGGAAAUUCAUGCCCUUCUUCCUAACAAGCGCCUGCUGGUUUCCAUUUCUCGCUGA